AUGGCUUCACGUUCAGUAAAGACGUUGACUAUUGCCCUCUCGCUUUUGAGUGAGGCCUUAGCCCAAUCCGCCAAUGAAACCGUCUGGUCUUCAUUCGCGUAUGUCCUAUAUGGUGAACGUACACCGCUACAAGGCGAAUUACAGCCUACCUUGACCCCGCUGGGUGCGCAACAGCUUUACUUCCAAGGAUCGCUCUUCAGAGCUCGAUAUUUAUCUAAUUCGAGUUUAUCGGAUGAAGACAAUGCUAUAACGACAAACUCACCGAUCUCUGGUAUAGAACGGCAAGCUCUAGACAACAGUCAACUCGACAUCUACAGCACUACACAAGAUUAUGUUGUCGGAGGUGCUCUAGCCUUUUUACAAGGCCUCUACCCACCAGUUACACAAACAUUCGCUUACAAUAAUGGUGGUAACAAUGCCUCUACAUUGGCCAAUGGCACCAAGGUGGAUUUUCCUUUAGAUGGUUAUCAAUACCCGAAUAUUCGGACUGUUCCAACCACCGAUUCAAAUUCUGUCUGGAUCGAGGGACAGUCGAUAUGUACCGAGUAUUGGUCGUCGAGUGGUGAUUUCAGGAGCAGCGAGAUUGCUCAAGAGAUGUAUAAUGCGACCCUUCCAUUCUAUGAGACAACAUGGGCAGAGGUAUUUCCGAAUACAUUAGCGAAUUCGAUGUUGAACUUCGAUUACGCUUAUGAUCUAUACGAUUAUGCCCAAUACGCGUAUGAUCACGACGACUCUGUGCGCGAUUCCCUUAAUGCAGACCGUUUAGCGAUUUUGCGCAACCUAGCGAGCAACCAACAAGUGGACCUGAACGCCAAUCUAACAGCGUCAGGAUUGCAAGAAGGCGACAUGAUUCGCGCCAUCUCAGGGCGUACACUUGCAGCGAAGGUGGUGGCACAACUGUCGUCACACAUUGCGUCGGCUGGUACUAUUAAUAAGAUGUCGCUCAUGUUUGGGUCUUUUGAGCCAUUCCUAGCCUUCUUUGCGCUCUCAAACCUGUCGGAUACCAACGGAUUUUUCCAACAGAUCCCAGGGCCCGGCUCGGCUAUGGUGUUCGAGCUCUUUAGCAUCGACAAUGUCACCUCGUACCCUCAUGAGGAUGAAUUGUGGGUGCGUUUCCUCUUCCGUAAUGGCACCGACUCCUCUCAACCGUUGGUCGAGUAUCCGCUGUUUGGGCGUGAUAAUUCGGAGUCGCGUAUCCGUUGGGAAGACUUUACGGUUUAUAUUGCCAGGUUUUCCAUCCAGGAUGUCUCCACUUGGUGCGAUCUUUGUUCUUCUGUCACCUUAUUUUGCAACUCGCUAGGUCACAGCUCUGGAAGCUCGGGCGGCUUGUCAAACAGUGGGGAGAGCAGCAAUGCAUCCCUAUCUCCAGCGGUUUCCGGUGUUAUCGGAGCCGUAACGACCAUCGCAGUUCUCGCGCUCGUGGGUACUACCGCAUUCGUCUUUGGCGGAAUACGCGUUCAACGCAGAGAUCCUCUAGACGCCGCAAGACGUCGCAGCAGCUUAGGUGGAUUCAAGGGAGCCGAGAAGAUGGCCUCAGAUCAUGAUGUCUCAAUUGCGAAGACAGGUGCUAGACAUGAGCGUGUUGGUAGCUGGGAACUAGGAGGUCCUGGUCCGACGAUUACGACUCCGGCUCCAGCCGCGACAACUGAAGGCGGCACCAGUGGUUUCUUUGGUGCUUCCAUUAGACACCGUGGAGAUGAAGAUGCCGAUAGCAUUGCGGGAUUGUCCCCGGUGAAACCUGUAGAACGGGUUUAA